CUGACCAAUCAGAAAUGAACAUUGAGCGAAGUUCGUGUGAGCAGCUUCGUCACUCCUGCCCUCGCCGAUCUCAAUGUGGAGAGAACUAACUCGGAACAAAGAUGCUUCUGAUACUGCGAUUGAUCCUCUGCGUCCACUAUACAACCUCGGUGACGGUCCGUCAGACUCCGGACGCUCUGUCUAUAUUGCCCGACCAGAAGGUGGUGGUGAAUUGCAUUGUAGAUGGCGGUAGCAGCAGUAACUACAUGUAUUGGUACAGACAAUACCCGGGAGCGGGGCCACAGAUGCUGUUUUAUUCAGUAGGAGAGGGAAACGUGCAGCCAGAUAAUUCGGUGGACGGAUUGAAGGCAGAGAGACCGAAACCCAACGAGUUCUAUUUAACGUCGUCCCGCUUAGAGGCAAAUUCGUCGGCCGUGUAUUUCUGCGCCUGGUCCACACAGCGACUCGGAGAAACGAGGGUGACACACAAAAACCUCACACAUCCUUCCAUUUACAGUGAGCGCCCCCCUCUGGCAGUGAGGUCCUUGUGCUGUUCCCCCCGUCACUCUGAGAUUUUCUAUGUUUCUGUUUCUAUGACUGGCAGAAAUGCAUGCUUCAUUCUUAAAGAUGAUACGUCGGUGACGGACCAUCAGACUUUGGAGGCGUUGGCCGGAUCUCCCGGACAGAAGGUGGGGUGGUGUACAAUCGAGGACGGCAAUAGUAACCAUGUGAUGUACUACUGGUACAGACAAUACCGGGUGAAGGGGGGGGAUAACCUGUUCUUCUCUUACGUUGCCGAUAACGUGCAGCCAGAGACACCGGUGCAGCCGGAGAGUUUCCAUCUGCCAAACAAAGUUACACGGAUUAUGGAUCGGACACACCCCCUUCCUUUAUUCUGA